UGCCCCAUCAUUGGGGUCGGUGGGGGGGAAAUAGUGCCCAUCGUUGGUGUCGGUGGGGGGAGGAAUAGUGUCCCAUCGUUGGUGUCGGUGGGGGGAGGAAUAGUGCCCCAUCGUUGGUGUCGGUGGGGGGAGGAAAUAGUGCCCCAUCGUUGGUGUCGGUGGGGGGAGGAAUAGUGCCCCAUCGUUGGUGUCGGUGGGGGGAGGAAUAGUGCCCCAACGUUGGUGUCGGUGGGGGGGGGAGGAAUAGUGCCCCAUCGUUGGUAUUAGAGGGAUUGGGGGGAUUUGUGC